AUACCAGGGCUGGAGAACUGCCUAAUGCUAAGACCUGCAUAUGCAGUUGAAUAUGAUUACUUACCCGCAUAUCAAUGCUCAAGAUCACUUAUGACAAAGAAGAUUGAGGGUUUAUUCUUCUCUGGCCAGAUAAAUGGAACAACGGGAUACGAAGAAGCUGCAGCUCAGGGUAUAAUUUCUGGAAUCAAUGCAGCUAGGCAUUCCGAUGGGAAAUCAUUAAUUAUUCUUGAGAGGGAAAGCAGUUAUAUAGAAACUCUUAUUGAUGAUCUUGUUACAAAAGAUCUUAGAGAGCCCUAUCGCAUGCUAACAAGCAGUUCAGAACACCGGCUAUUGCUUCGAUCAGAUAAUGCUGAUAGUCGUUUGACCCCUUUGGGACGAGAGAUUGGUUUAAUAGAUGAUAGACGUUGGGAGCUUUAUCAGUCAAAGCAAGCCCGCAUUAAGCAAGAGAAAGAACGGUUGAGAUCUACAAAAGUUCCAGGAGGUGAAUUUGCUGCUGAAGUUACUGCAGUAUCCAACCAACCUGUAAAGGAUUCAUCUACACUUGAAGCCAUAUUAAAGAAGCCACAUGUACAAUAUAAACUCCUGACGAGCAUGGAUGCGGAAAUGAAAAUUUAUCUCGAAUUGAGAAGGAAUGUGUAG